AUGAAACGAGGACGGAGACCGCAACAAAAUUUUGUAGCACAUCGUGAGUUCAGUAUUGAAUUUAUAAAUAAUAUUGUAUUACUGUUAGAAAAGAGUUUCUUUGCUUUUGGAAUCCAAGUUGAUAUUGGUUUUUAGGAGAGUAUGAAGAGCAUGUUCCUGGCUCAUCAAGGGAUCCGUAUCAACAAGUUGUAAGUUUUAGAAUUGUCGUUUUAAAUUGAUUUUAGAAUCAACCAUACCGAAUGUUUCGUCAGGUAGAGCUAACACGCCUUAAGGCACCUAUAGCACUGCCUAGGUGGUCUCGACACGGAUACAAGAUACAACCGGACAGUACCAUUGUUCCACAACUUGCUCCUGAAAUCCACCUAGUGGCUCCAGACGAUUUUAUAUACUCGUGUGAUGUUGAUGAUAUGGAUGAAAGUGAUAGACAAGUGGACGUUUGUGCUUUAGAAGAAUCUGAAGUCAGUGGAUUUCAAGAUUCCCCAGAUACAAAGAGACAGAAGUUUAACUUGAAGACAGAAGCUCCUAGCCCUGUACCUGAAGGAACUACUAAGGUAAUCAGCAAAGCUCGUAUUCUCAAGGAUUCAAGAAAACGAAAGAUACAAUGUAUGUUUUUGGGUUUGUUUAUAAAGUUAUGCUUCUAUGUUUUGUAACAAGAUUAAAACUGUUGUUUAACUUAUAGAUGACGACGAAGGUUCUGCUGUUCAGGAAGAAGUUGAGGUUGUGGAUACAUCUCAGGUCGAGUACUACACUCCAUUGCACGCAGCUUUACCUCCGCCGCGCAGAACCAUCAGUGACAGAUACUCGAUUAACGUUUCUGAAUUGUUCGACGAAAUUCAGAAGCAUGAGCCUCAGAAUACAGUAGAAAGCUUGAAUGAGUUGUUCACUAACGAUCCAUCAAUCCAGUAUCCUCUCAAUGUCAACAUGUUGGUGCAGGGUGUGAAGACUGCUACAGCGGAACAGAACGCUCGAAUGAUCGCCGGACUUGCUAUGCAAAUAAACUCAUUGAAGAAGGAGGUUCAAAAGUUGCACGGUGAUAUCAUAGACACCAGGAGUGCCAGUCUACACAGACAAAACAAUGGACUAACAAGUCGGCAGUUCAACUUGAACGGAGAUGUAUCUCAAGAGUGGAUUCUGGUGGCGCAGUCGCCGUUGAGGUCUGUGGAUCUGGUAGGAAUAGCAAGAGCUUUGGGUGAGAAAAUGGGACGGAAGAAUAUGAGGAACCGCGACUUGAUUACUCGCUACAUUAAACACGUCUUUGAAGAGGUAAGAAAUAUUAGUAUUUCUUUGUUUAAGUUUAUAUAAUUGUACUUAAAACGUUAAUUUUUUUUGAAUGUUUAUAUUUUUUUUAUUUAGAUGAUACCCAAGGAAUUUAUCCAUCAAUUUACUGUCCGAGACCGGCCGAUGACAAAGGGAAAAGUGAAUGACAUUGGAAUUGACGUAAAGGAGCAGAUAACAGGGGUUGUGUUGGACCUUUUGGGUCUGUUCGAUGUGUCAAAGUUGAGCCAUAAUGCUCGAAUUGAUCGUGCCCACUUCUCUGACUUUAUUAAUCAAGCCAUGAAGAACGUUAUGUAAGUUUAGAGUCAUAUGUUUUAAUACUUUACUUUUUAGGUACGAUCUGCGACGGACUUCCCCGAAAAGCCGAAAGUCAGAGGUAGUGGACACCAGCGGAAUAACACUGAGUCCGCUACAAGGCCAAGUCCAUGAGGCAAAUCCCGAAAGUUCGAUCAAGGUCGACUAA